UUUGUCCCCACAGCCCCCCAUGAUCACCACGAGGGCCACGGCCACUCCCACCAUGGGCACGCUCCCCAUGAUCACCACGAGGGCCACGGCCACUCCCACCAUGGGCACGCUCCCCAUGAUCACCAUGAGGGCCACGGCCACUCCCACCAUGGGCACGGUGCGGCGCUCUCCGUGGGGCUCUGGGUCCUGGCGGGGAUCGUGACGUUCCUGGGGGUGGAGCUGGGCGUGCGGCACUGCGGGGGCCACGGCCACGGCCACGGCCCCAAGGCCAAGCACAGCUCCAGCGAGGACGAGGCCGACGGUGACACCCGGGGCACCAAGGGGACAAAGGGGACAAAAGCCACCAAGGCCACCAAGGGCAACAGGGGCCAGCACAGGAAGAGCCCGGACGGGGAGAGGGCAGCCAUGGCAGCCUCGGGCUACCUGAACCUGGCGGCCGACGCCGCCCACAACUUCACGGACGGGCUGGCGCUGGGGGCGGCGUUUUGGGGGGGCCCCGCCCGGGGGACGCUGACGGCGCUGUCGGUGCUGCUGCACGAGCUGCCCCACGAGCUGGGGGACAUGGCCCUGCUGCUGCGGGCCGGCUGCUCCAAGGGACAGGCCAUGCUGCUGCAGCUGCUGACGGCUCUGGCCGCGCUGGCGGGCGCCGCCUGCUCGUUGCUGGCCGAGGGCUCCGGCACCGGCGCCAUUUCGGGGAUCCUUCCCUUCACGGCCGGCGGCUUCAUCUACCUGGGCACGGUGUCGGUGCUGCCCGAAAUCCUGAGGGACUCCGGCCCCGGCCAGGCCCUGCUCCAGCUCCUGGCGCUGCUGGCCGGCGUGGCCAUGAUGCUGCUCAUCGCUUACUACGAGUAGGAAUUCCCAGAAUUCCCGGAAAUCCAUCCCCCCC